AUGGAAAAUCGAAACAUUGUUGCUGUUCUUGUUAUUUUAUUCUACAGCCCGACAUUCCUCUGCACAUGCUGGUUGAUCUGGAAGCACGGCUGGCGAGCUAGUUCCGAGACCUGGUUCGUGCUGUCAACAUUUGCGAUCUCACGAAUUAUCUUCGGCGCACUGCAACUUUCUACAAUAUCUUAUCCUCAGACAACUGGACUUCGCGUUGCUGCUGCUACCUUUUCUGUGGACGGCCUUUCGGCGCUGCUGUUCUGUGCACUGGGCCUCCUUCAUCGACUGCUGAAUACGUUCCACGAACAACGCUGCUCUGUAUGGCUCACUAUUAAGCACCUCCGAUUCCUCGAACUUGCCGUCACAGCAGCGUUCAUCUGCGCGAGCGUGGGAUUCUCUGGACUUCAUGCGAAAGAUCUGGAAACGACCAUCCAUCACCCACCAACAUCAAAAGCUGCUGCUGCAUUGUACAUCGUCGGCGUGGCGGGUAUCUUCUACAGUGUGGGUAUUCUGCUUCUACAUGCACGUACUGCAGAAAAACAAGAUCGUGACAUUCUCUGGACCCUUGCAAUCACACAGCCACUGCUUGUCGAGCGAGUCACAUAUCUCUGUCUCGACAUGUUGGGAAAUAUUCGGGUUUUCAGUACCAUCAACGGCAGUGUGACCGCAUUCCUCUGCAUGGGGUUGUUGGAAGAGGCUGCUGUUAUGAUUGCGUAUAUGAGACUGGGGUUCGUUCUUCUUGGUCAUCCAAGCGGCGUCCCUGCAGGGGCGGUGGAGCUGGAGGAGGCUCCGAAGGGUGAAGAUCGGGCGGAUUAUGCUCAGAUCAAUCAUGGCGAGCCAUGA